AUGUCUUGGCAAGAUUGGGAGAAUUCCUACACGGCAUUCAAAGCCUUUUUUGAUAGUGGUGUCACCAUUCUUAGAUCCAUUGAUGAACUUCUUCCGCUUUGCCACAGAUUCGAUGGUUAUGUGACAUUCCAAGGUGCCCUCGUGUAUCCAGAGACGGUUAAAGCCUUGAAAAGGUUCAUGGACAAAUACGGAAGUUUGAUGGAAGCUACAGAUGUCACCUCCUCUUUCUCAAGGUGCACUGCCCUUCGAGCCCUUGGCUUAGUACUUCAUGGGAUGGACACCAUGCAACUCCUUGAUAUUACGGAUCACAAACUGCUCUGUUGGCGAGAUGCAAUAUGUGAGGCCAUGAUUCUGGGCUUUCGCGUGGAAUUUCUUCUCAAACUCGUGAAGAACUUAGCACGUGCCGUCUUUGGAGCACGGGCCAUUCGUAGUAUGCAAUUAUCGCAUGACUCUGAUGAAGUAAAAGCUGCUGCAGAUGCCUUGAAUAUUAAACAACAGGAGUUGGAGAACCAGCGCCGGGAGAUGCAUGCCCUCCUUCUUGCUAAGGGUAUUUCUGUUGACAGCGCUGAGUGCGUGACGGAGGCAGCGGCCAGAUUAUCUCCUGGGGCUUCCUUUGUUCUUUUCGGACAUUCCCCAUAG